GCUGCCACAGACCAGCAACAAAAUUUUGAAACAUUUUAUUUUAAUCCACGAUCGUAGCGGAUGUUAUUUACGGGUUUCUUCCGCCUGUUGUGUUUACUAUAUCUACCACGAUUUUGAAGUACUUUGUAGUGUGCAUGAAAGAGUAAUUGUGGUCACAGUUUGAUAUUCUGUCCACUCAGGAGGUACGUCGCAGUUAUAUUGCAUAGUGAACCCAGUCUGGUUGUCAACAACGUGGAGUAUCCGCUGUUUCCCAUAGGGCUACUCUUCUUCCCCCCUUUACAACAUCCCGUGCGCCUCCCUAAUCUCGUUAAAAUGGAAGAAAAAACGCAGUUAAAGGAUCUGGACGCGUGGAUUGAGCAAUUGAAUGACUGUAAACAACUAACGGAGAUGCAAGUCAAACAGCUCUGUGAUAAGGCCAAAGAAAUCCUUUCCAAAGAAGGGAAUGUUCAGGAUGUCAAAUGUCCAGUCACAGUAUGCGGAGAUGUUCACGGCCAGUUCCAUGACAUGAUGGAGCUUUUCCGGAUUGGCGGCAAAUCUCCCGACACAAAUUAUCUUUUCAUGGGUGACUACGUCGAUCGUGGUUAUUAUUCGGUGGAGACGGUCACCCUUUUAGUUGCUCUAAAGGUCCGAUACAAGGAUCGCAUCACAAUUCUCCGCGGCAAUCACGAGAGUCGACAGAUUACCCAGGUGUAUGGAUUUUAUGAUGAAUGCCUCCGUAAAUACGGAAAUGCAAAUGUGUGGAAGUAUUUCACCGACCUGUUCGACUACUUACCACUGACGGCUCUAGUCGAUAACCAGAUCUUCUGUCUGCACGGAGGCUUAUCUCCCUCCAUUGACACACUGGAUCAUAUUCGCACGCUGGACCGUCUUCAGGAGGUGCCCCACGAGGGACCCAUGUGUGAUUUACUGUGGUCCGAUCCGGAUGAUCGCGGCGGAUGGGGAAUUAGUCCACGCGGUGCCGGUUAUACAUUCGGCCAGGAUAUCUCGGAGACAUUCAAUCAUACCAACGGGUUAACGCUGGUUGCGCGUGCCCACCAGCUGGUUAUGGAGGGCUACAAUUGGUGUCAUGAGCGCCAUGUAGUGACGGUAUUCAGCGCACCUAAUUACUGCUACCGAUGUGGUAAUCAGGCAGCCAUCAUGGAAUUGGAUGAUUGCCUGAAGUACACCUUCCUCCAGUUUGAUCCUGCACCCCGGCGCGGUGAACCUCAUGUUACUCGCCGCACUCCGGACUAUUUCCUGUAACUUCACUUUUAAUUUAUGAGUUAACACAAUAAUGAGAAGACAGACGAGAUAAUUAUUGCAGCAUCUGUGUACAGAUUUGUUGUAGUACGUUGUACGCAGAGGGUAUUUUUCGGCUUUCCUGCUACCUUUAAUUGUGAACGCUUAAUGUGUCAGCGGCGCUUCGUAAGGGUUCGAUAAUGUUCAGUUAGCGGAGUACUUAGUAGCACUCUUUUUGUCGCGUUUACUAGAUUUCUCUCAGCACGUGCGGAUUUUUGCGUUUUUUCGCUGGACUUUUUAUUGUGAAAGAUUGGAUUAGAUUGGAUUCGGAUGUUUAACAUUGCCGUUUUGUGUCUACAUAAAUUUUGAAUAUGGGA